CAUCUUCUCUAUGUGAUCUGAUCCACUACCAUGGGGAUUUGUUGGCCUAAACCUGCAAAGUGCGCUCAUGUUUCUUCCACUAACCUUUCAGGCGAUUCAAAGAUCCAUAGUAAGAUAAAGCCGGAAUCAAUUUCUUCCACCAAGAAAUCGCCUCACGAAAAAUCGAACAAGCAACAUGUAGCAGAUAAACUCGAAGUUGAUACAUCUGUUUCUAGCAACCUCAAGUCUUUCAGCUUUUCUGAUCUUAAAAAUGCCUCCAAAAACUUCCGGUCGGAAACUCUUAUCGGAGAGGGUGGAUUUGGAUGGGUUUUCAAAGGUUGGAUUGAUGAGAGCACCUUUGCUCCUGCCAAGCCAGGAACUGGAAUUGUUGUGGCUAUCAAAAAACUCAAAGAAGAAAGCUUUCAAGGCCACAGGGAAUGGCUUGCUGAAGUUAACUAUUUGGGUCAGCUUCACCAUGAAAAUCUUGUGAAACUCAUUGGUUAUUGUGCAGAGUCUGAGAAUAGGCUUUUGGUUUAUGAGUUUAUGCCAAAGGGAAGUUUGGAGAAUCAUUUAUUUAGAAAAGGUGUUCAACCAAUUUCCUGGGCUACACGAAUGCACAUCGCUAGGGGAAUUGCACGGGGAUUGUCCUAUUUACAUGGUUUAAAUGCUAAUGUAAUCUACCGUGAUUUGAAGGCUUCUAACAUUCUUCUCGAUUCGGACUACAAUGCAAAGCUUUCAGAUUUCGGCUUGGCAAGAGAUGGUCCAACUGGUGAUAACACCCAUGUCUCAACCAGAGUUAUUGGGACUCAAGGUUAUGCGGCUCCCGAAUACAUUGCAACAGGUCGUUUGACCCCAAAGAGUGAUGUGUACAGCUUCGGUGUCGUACUCCUAGAAUUACUUUCGGGACGACGGGUAAUGGAUGAUGAGAUAGCUGGUUUUUCCGAAGACACACUGGUUGAUUGGGCAAAACCCUUCUUAAGUGACAACAGGAAAAUGCUAAGGAUAAUGGAUACAAGGCUGGGGGGACAGUACUCUAAGAAAGGAGCACAAGCAGCCGCUGCUCUUGCAUUGCGAUGCUUACACGCUGAUCCGAAGAACCGGCCUUCCAUGGCCGAUGUUCAGGUUUCAUUGGAACGACUCCAUUCAACAAUGGAUACACCAAGAACGCCACCUCAACGUCACAAGAAAAGCUGGAUUUUCAUAGGAUUAAGCAUACGAAUGGCCCUCGCAAGGCAAGAGUUCCAACUGCAAAUUCACGUUGAGAAGAACCGCUUUUCUUUUCUCUUGCCGGACAGAUUCACUUCUCGUAUUCCAAGUUUGCUAGAUUUUUGUUGAACACGCGACCGAUGGUUGUAGCAUCAAAAUCCAGCUAAUUUAGUGAAAU